UGAGCGGAUAUUCCGUCGGGAGGUGCAGGUCCCGGGGCUGGUGGUGAUGAGGGACGUGUCCAUCGCCAAGUCAGAGUUCAUCCCUGACCAGAAGGCCAUCUCCAAGCUGCAGGACAUCCAGGAAGAGCCUGAGUUAUUCCGCUACUAUAGCCUGCCUCAGUGUCUGAAGUACAUCCUGUUGUUUCACUGGUCUAACAUCAUGGCCAUGCACACCAUGCUGAUCAACAAGCCCCCAGACACAGGUAAUAGGACAUCUCGUCACUCCAUGCACCAGGACCUGCAUUAUUUUCCAUUCUGUCCGGCGGACCGUAUUGUGUGGUCCUGGACCGCCAUGGAGAAGGUUCACUCCCUGGUGGUCCUUCCUGGUUCUCACCAUGGCACCCUCAAAGAACACAACUACCCAGAGUGGGAGGGCGGGGUCAAUAAGAUGUAUCACGGUGUCCGUGACUACGACCCAAAUCAUCCCAGGGUGCACCUGGAGAUGGAGAAAGGAGACACAUUGUUCUUCCACCCUCUAUUGACCCAUGGAUCUGAAAUGAACCAGAAGCAGGGCUUCCGCAAGGCCAUCUCCUGCCACUAUGCCGGAGCUAACUGCUACUCCAUUGACGUGAGGGGAACCACCCAGGAGAACAUAGGCCAGGAGGUGUACGAGAUCGCAGCAAGCAAAUAUGCUGUUGAAGACGCCACAUUCGAGGAUACCUGGGCUGUAAGGGGCCGUCUGGUGCAAGGGGAUAGGACCAAUCUUUGAGAGAGCCCGCCCACCGCAGUGUGAUGGUCACUCACCACUAACAACCUACCAAUCAAAGGAGAUUGAAAAAAGUUGACAAAUCCACCAGCCAAUAAACAGAGUCUCAGUGACAGGAGUCCUUUAUUCAUUGGGCGAGAGAGAGUGUCCAAGAGUCCAGUCAGGGAUGUUUUCUGGGUGUGUUCAAAAUAUUAAACUAAAUGGAUGUUAAUUGCACAGUUAAACAUUGAUUGAAGUAAUCAUCUUCUGCCUGACAAUAAAGUACUUAC